GUGAAUAACAAAACCUACUUUGUCUUGUACGCAGUGAACACGUCAAAUAGCAUAACAUGUUUCUUCUGUUAACGCAGUAAACAUUUCUACCGUCAAGCAAACACUGUAGUGUCGUAAAAAUUCAAAAUGGCGACUGCAAUGACAGGACGUGGUAUGGCUUUCAUUAGGAAUAUAUCUGGGGAUGUUGCAAUCAAGGUUACAGGUUCUGGGUGUUGCUCCUCAGCAGCUCUCAUGUCUCCACACGAGCACUUCACUGGAAACAAAGAAAUGGGAGAGGCAGAACCUGAAGGUGUAUCCACCGCAGCAACCAGAUGAUCUCCGCCGGCCAGCAGAGAUCUACCACAGCAGGAGGCAGAUUAAGUACAGCAAAGACAAGAUGUGGUACCUGGCCAAAUUGAUCCGAGGGAUGAGCAUUGAUCAGGCCAUUGCACAGCUGGAGUUCAACGACAAGAAGGGGGCAAAGAUCAUGAAAGAGGUUCUUGAGGAAGCUCAGGACAUGGCGGUCAAAAAUCACAAUGUAGAGUACAAAUCCAACCUGUAUAUAGCUGAGUCCAACUCUAGCAAAGGGAAGUACUUGAAGCGGAUCCGUUUCCACGGUCGGGGGAGAUUUGGCGUAAUGGACAUAGUUAACUGUCACUACUUUGUCAAGCUGGUGGAGGGCCCGCCCCCCAUAAUUGAGGAGAAGACCGGCUUCGACCAGGCCAAAGAGUACGUCCAGAACCUCAAGAACCGAACCAUCAUCCACAGUCUGUAGACCAUCUGAUGGGACCUUUCUUCACAUGUACCUGUUUUUCUGUGUGCUUUAUGUCAUUUGUAAAUAAACAAAGAAAAGUUUAUGAGACGUCAUAGCGUC